AUGGGAUUUCGGGUCCAUGCUGAUGUGUUGAUGCAAGAGAAGACGUCCAUGUUGCCAGAGAAGAUUUUCAAGGGACCUAACUCCGGCUUUGGCAACCCUCGUGUCAUGGUAAGCGGUACGUCAUUGUGGCCGAGGGCAUGCGUUACCGGCCCCGCUUGUCUUUCGGCCGCGGACGAUAUUCCCGACGGGCCCUAUGGUGUACUCCGUACGGAUACAGUAAGGUGCUUUCCGUACUUUUGUUACUUUUGCUGGGCCAACGGGGGCCACUGCGAACCGAAACAUGUGCCCAUUAUUCCAGGCACGAAUGGCGCAUUGCUAGAGCUUUUGUCAAGCAAUGCUCGUGUCAACGUUGCUUCGAACUCUAUCGUCAACUGUCGAUCUGUGCCUGGCGUGAUCACUGUUCGCCCGUCGGAAUCGACUCCGAGAUCCUCGGGGUCCAGUAUAGAACCUUGA